CCGUUUAUGAAACAAAGCUUUCAUGGGUACAAAAGGGUAUAAGAGUGGGUUAAAACUUCAUAUUUUAAAAAAAACAAAGAUAUCCUACCCUGUAUUUUUUUCAUGAAAUUGAUACUCUUUGUGCUCUGGUUUUGUAGUUGAAUUUUGUUAGGGAAAGUGACGUUCCUUCACCUUAUAGCUAGAGACUUUUUGGCAUUUCUAAGAAGAAUUUCUUCUUUUACUAAAAUGCUAUGAUCGUUGCAAAUCCCAAUCUGGGCUCAUUGUAUCCAACCGCUCAAUCAAGGAUUUUUGUAUAAAUGGUAGAUAGUUGCAAAGGAUCAAAGAGGCUUCUGCUCUAUUUGGAUUGAAGGUCAGGGAGUAUAAUUGAUGGGUGGUAUAUUAAGCCUAAAUAAUCACAAACCCAUCUUGACUGCGGCAAAUGGGGCUUCACAGAGUGACACACGCAAGAGACGGAGGAUUUCAGCUAGUUUCUGGGAAGAGGAUCCACCUUGGUUGAUCCCCAACCUUCCUGAUGAGAUAUCCUUUCAAAUUCUUGCGAGACUUCCUAGAGCUUUUUACUUAAAAGCCAAGUUAGUUUCGCGUGGAUGGAAAUCUGCUAUUAUGAGCCCCGAACUAUACAAAACAAGAAAGGAACUCGGAACAACCGAGGAGUGGCUCUAUGUUUUGACUAAGCUCAACGAUGAUAUGCUUUUAUGGUAUGCCUUAGAUCCCGUCUCAGGGAAAUGGCAACGGUUGCCACCCGUGCAUGGAUUUCCCACCAAAGAUUGUGCACCUAAAACGAUCAAGAUCACAGAUGCCGUAAGGCGUUUGUUCAGGAAAAAGGAACCCCUUGACCAUAUCCCCUUUUGUGGUUGUGCUAUUGGAGCCAUUGAUGGGUCCCUCUAUGUCAUGGGAGGGUUUUGUAGAGACUCAACCAUGAGGUGCGUUUGGCGUUACGAUCCGAUAAAGAAUGUUUGGGAUGAAAUCAGCCCAAUGUCCGUUGGUAGAGCUUAUUGUAAGACUGGCAUCCUGAAUGGGAAGCUUUAUGUGGUCGGAGGUGUAACUCGGGAUCGAGGUGGGCUUACCCCGCUCCAGUCAGCAGAAGUGUUCGAUCCCCGGUCCGGCGUCUGGACGGAAAUCCCAAACAUGCCCUUCGCCAAAGGCCAUAUGCUUCCAAACGCCUUCUUAGCCGAUUUUCUCAAACCUAUAGCCACUGGGAUUUCGACUUACAGAGGAAAGCUUUACGUCCCUCAGAGUUUGUAUUGCUGGCCAUUCUUUGUUGAUGCCGGGGGGGAGGUUUACGAUCCUGAAACAAACAGGUGGGUUGAGAUGCCAAUAGGGAUGGGGGAGGGGUGGCCUGCCAGACAGGCCGGGUCGAAGUUGAGUGUGAUUGUUGAUGGUGAACUCUAUGCUUUGGAUCCUUCUGGGUCAACAAAUGCCGCUAAGAUAAAAGUGUAUGAUUCCCAAGGUGAUGUUUGGAAGGCGAUUGAAGGGGACGUGCCAAUUUGUGAUCUUACCGAUUCAGAUUCUCCUUAUUUACUAUCAGGGUUUCUUGGAAAGAUUCAUGUGGUAACUAAGGAUGGAAAUCAGAAUAUUGUGAUCUGGCAAGCAGAUAGGCAUAAUCAGCCCGUUCCAUCUUCAGGCACGUAUGGUUUCGAUGCAAAUAUAUGGAGACUUAUUGCAUCAAAGAGCAGUGGAUCAUCAGAGCUUGUCAGCUGUCAGCUUCUUGAUAUUUAGCGCUGAAGGUCAAGAUAUAACAUAGCUCAAGUCCGGAGAGUAUAGUACAGUAAGGAAAGCAUUUGGAACUUUGGAUUGAAGUUUUCGGAGGGCUUGGUCUAUAUGUUGAUAAAUAGAAUGUCCCUGAAGGCGAGUAAAAGGCUGGCGGUGGUGGUGACAAGUUAGAUAUUUCUGGAGAUAGGCGUGGUGGAGCUCCGACGAUCGCAUAGGCGACGGGAGGCGGUGGCCGGCAGUGGCCGAUAGGGGCAGCUAGCUGGGGGCACUUCAAAACUUGUAGGAGUAUAAUUAGGGGUGCAAACGAGCCGAGCCGAGCUCAUACAUGAGUAUGCUUGAGUUUGAUAUAAAUUCACGAUCUCAUGUUCGACUUCAAGCUUGAAUGAGUUACAUAAUUCUAGCUCGAGCUCGGGUCAAGUUUUGCUAAAUAUUUUUUUAUAGGUUUGAGCUUGAAUAAGAUGCUCGAACUCGAGCUUGAAUUCAAAGUAAAAACAAAAAUUCUAUUUUCAAAUUAUUAAUAUUACACUUUUGCGUCAUCUAUCUCACAUCUUCUUCAAUUCUCUGCCUCGUCGCUUUUGAGUUCCAAAAAGUGAUGCAGACAUCCAAACUUUUUGGAUUCAAUUGGAUUGUUCUUCUCUUCUGAUAGUGUUGAUUUUGUUCUGUGGCGGUUCUUUCUCGGGCACUGGUGCUCUGGGGUGAUUUGUUUCUCUUGAUGUGAGGAGUUCUGUUGGUGUCUCGGCUAGCUUCAUCCGAUAAGAGUAACAAGGAAUUUCAACAGUCAUUCAAGGAUCUGAAAGAGAAAGCAGAGGAGUUGAUCUAGGAGCUGGAGAAGUUGCAGCUAGCUGCCUCUUCAUUGGCCAAAAUAGUUGUCUUUGCAUUGACAAGUGUACCAGUGAUCUAGUAGCUUUUUGUUCUUUAUUAUUUUUUGCUGCUGGGUAUGCCCCUUUUAUUAAUUUAGCAUGUACAUUCACAUGUGUGUGAGAAUUUUAGAUAUAAUAAAAAUGUUUGAAAUUUUGGUUAUUUAUUAGUACUAAAUUAUAUAUGUGUGUGUACAUAUAUAUUGCAAUCAAUGUAUCAUGUGUAUGCUUUUGGAGUGUUGAAACAAUACAAAAUAAAG